AUGAAGGGCCUUAAGAAAGCGAUGAACCUGUCGCGUUCCAAAUCCAACGACUCGAACGGCAACCGAGGUGCAUCGGCAGGCGGAGGUAGCGUUCCAGCCCCACCUCCCAAGGGCGGUUCCGUCCCUUCCAAUCCAGCGUAUCAGGGCUCUCUCAAGUCCGCCGCCAGCAGCAAGGAUGCCUCCUCCAGCUCCGCCUCCAGCUCCUCCAGCUCCCUCGCCGCUUCCAGAGCCAACAACGUCGCCGCCAAUCCCAUCUACUCCAACAACAACAACAACAACUAUCCCACUGGUCAAGGUACGCCCGAUCGAAAAUUGAACCCCGCCGGCGUGAACCACAUCUUGGCUGACAAGACGCCACCUGCUCCCCCCGUCGUCGUCGUCUCUCCAGAGAUGCCCGCAGAUCCCAUCCCACACUCGGUCGCCACCACCUCUCAGCCCUCUUCUUCCAUCACCCCUUUCCACCACACAGGAUCUCCCGGUUCCCCUCCACCCCCCGGCGCCGCAAUGGCCUCCUUGAGCAGCACAGGCAUCGCCGCUUCCGAGCUCGCCACCCCUCCCAAGGCAGGAACCCUCAACCGUCUCCGCCAAGGCCCCUCCAACCCUGGGCCCAAGGACACCAUCCCAAUCACCGCAAAGACGCCCCCGCGCAAGCAGAGGAGCUCCCGCUUCCACGUCACAGAAAAGGUAGAGCUCGAGAAGCUCCCGCACUUCAACGAGGUGAUGCCGUCCGACCGCCCCGACCUCUUUGUAAGAAAGUUGCGCCAGUGCUCGGUCGUAUUCGACUUCAACGAUGCCAGCCAGGAGCUCGAAGGCAAGCAGAUCAAGGCGGCCACCCUGCACGAGAUGCUCGACUACAUCACCACCAACCGCAAGGUCAUCACCGACGAGAUCUACCCCGAGGUCGUCGCCAUGUUCUCCGCCAACCUCUUCCGCUCCAUCCCGCCACAGGUCAACCCCGUCGGCGAGGCCUUCGACCCCGAAGAGGACGAGCCCGUGCUCGAGCUCGCCUGGCCCCAUCUCCAGAUCGUCUACGAGUUCUUCCUCCGCUUCGUCGAGAGCCCAGACUUCAACACCAACAUCGCCAAAAAGUUCAUCGACCACCACUUUGUCCUACAGCUCCUCGAGCUCUUCGACAGCGAGGACCCGCGAGAGCGCGACUUCCUCAAAACCACCCUCCAUCGCAUCUACGGCAAGUUCCUCAACCUCCGCGCCUUCAUCCGCAGGUCCAUCAACAACGUCUUCUUCCAGUUCAUCUACGAGACCGAGCGUCACAACGGCAUCGCAGAGCUCCUCGAGAUCCUCGGAUCCAUCAUCAACGGCUUUGCGCUUCCGCUCAAGGAGGAGCACAAGACCUUCCUCACCCGCGUCCUCAUCCCACUCCACAAGGUCAAGAGCCUCGCCCUCUACCAUCCGCAGCUCGCCUACUGCGUCGUCCAGUUCCUCGAGAAGGACAGCGCGCUCACCGAGGAGGUCCUCCUCGGCCUCCUCCGCUACUGGCCCAAGGUCAACUCGCCCAAGGAAGUCAUGUUCCUCAACGAGGUCGAAGAGAUCCUCGACGUCAUCGAGCCGUCCGAGUUUGUCAAGAUCGAAGUGCCCCUCUUCCAGCAGCUCCAGCGCUGCAUCAACAGCCAGCACUUCCAGGUCGCAGAGCGUGCGCUCUACUUUUGGAACAACGAGUACAUUGUCAACCUCAUCGGCGACAACGUCCAGGUCAUCCUUCCCAUCGUCUUCUCGGCGCUGUACCAGAACUCCAAAGCGCAUUGGAACCGCACCAUCCAUGGACUCGUAUACAACGCCCUCAAGCUCUUCAUGGACAUCAACCCGGCGCUUUUCGAGAUGUGCACCAACGAGUACAAGCAGCAACGCCAGAUGGAGAAGCAAAAGCUCCACGAACGCGAAGAGGCAUGGAAGCGCCUCCGCGACACCGCCAUCAAGAACAGCAAGGCCAUCGGCGUCGAGCCGCCCGCCACGCUCAAAGACGAGCAGGCAGCCCCCGCCGGCAGCGUCAACCCUUACGACCUCGACGCCUUUGACUCGGCGGCCGAUCUUACCGCUGGCGCCGAAAGCCUGUUCGAGGCCAUGGGCCAAGGCAUCAAUGGCGAGGUCUCCACUGCGGACUUUGACGAUGUCGACCCCAACCGCCUUGCGCAAGAGGGCACGGCGCAAGAACCCCAAGUCGCGGGCGAAGACAGCGUCGACGAUAUGAAGGACUUCCCAGAGACGGCGCGCCAACAGGUCGGCAAGCAGGAGUCGCCACACGUCCGACGCAAGAGCGUGAUACCCAUGGACCCGACCGUCUUGGCCGAGCUCGCGGGUCACAAGAGCCUGGAUGGUGCGGAUCUGCCCAAGCCAUCAGGUGAUGCAUAG